AUGUCCGCACCGCAACAGCUGCCCUUCGCCCUCGGCGCCGCGCCGUCCGGCUUCAAGGCCGCCGCGCCCAGCGCUCUCUCGGCGCCCGGCUCGUCGACGCUGCUGCCCGCCGGCGCCGCGUACGCCGCCCACCUGCGCCGCAGCCUCAACCAGCUCAGCUUCGCCGCCGACGACGAGGCCGAGCAUGCGCGCCUCGACGCCGAGGCCGCGCUCGGCGACGACGAGGAGAUCGUCGACGACAUUGGCGACGAGCAGGAGAGCGCGCAGCUGCUCAAGAGCGACCCCAAGGAGUGGAAGUCGCAGGACCACUACGCCGUGCUCGGCCUCUCGGCGCUGCGCUGGAAGGCGACGCCGGCGCAGAUCAAGCUGGCGCACCGCAAGAAGGUGCUCAAGCACCACCCCGACAAGAAGGCCGGCUCCUCGGGCCUCGCCAACGACGACAGCUUCUUCAAGUGUGUGGCCAAGGCGCACGACGUGCUGAGCAACCCGGAGCGCCGCCGCCAGUUCGACUCCGUCGACGAGGCCAUCGACGACGAGAAGGUGCCGAGCGGCAAGGAGCCCGAGAGCAAGUUCUUCGACCUCUGGGCGCCCGUCUUUGCGCGCGAGGCACGCUUCAGCGAGCCCAAGAACGGGCCCGUGCCCGAGCUCGGCGACGUCAACAGCCCGCGCGAGCACGUCGACCGCUUCUACGACUUCUUCUACGGCUUCGACUCGUGGCGCAGCUUCGAGUACCUCGACAAGGACACGAGCGAGGGCGACGAGAACCGCGACCACAAGCGCUACAUUGAGAAGAAGAACAAGACGGAGCGUGCCCGCAGGAAGAAGGAGGACAACGCCCGCCUGCGCCAGCUCGUCGACAAGGCCCUGAGCCUCGACCCGCGCAUCAAGAUGUUCAAGCAGCAGGAGAAGGCGGCGCGCGACGCCAAGAAGAACAAGGGCAAGCCCAACGGCGCCGCUGCGGGCCCGUCCGAGGCGGAGAAGAAGGCCAAGGCGGAGGCGGAGGCCAAGGCCAAGGCCGACGCGGCCAAGCAGGAGGAGGACGACAAGGCUGCUCGCGCCGACGCCAAGAAGGCGCGCGAGGCGGCCAAGAAGAACCUCAAGAAGCACAAGAAGACGAUCCGCGACCUCAUCACGACGCACAACUACUUCCAGCCGGCCGGCACGGCGGCCUCGGCGUCCGUCAUCGAGGCGCAGCUCAAUGCCCUCGACGCCAUCACCGCCGCCAUGGCCGAGGAGCCGGAGAAGGUCGCGGCGCUGCGCCACGCCGCCGAGAAGGCUGGCUCUGCCGACGGCGUCAAGGCGGCGCUGCACGCUGCUGCCUCGGAGAAGGGCGUCGGCGGCGACGCCUUCGCUUAGAUGCAUCUGCCACGCAUGCUCCCUCGUCUACACGGAUAAUGAUAUAUAGAUGAGC